AUGAACCGCCCCAGCUGGCCUUCGCCGCCACCCACCAGGCGCAGCUCAGGAUGGCCCUCGGCAGCGCCAACAAGGCCGUCGAGUCGGCCGAGUCCGCCCUUGCCGGCAUGGCGCGGCGCAAGCUCGCAGGCCGCCCGGCCCUUGAGGCGACCUCGGACGAGUACCACCUGGAUGGCGGCAUCUGGGAGCCGACGA